AUGCCCAGCACCAUUAAAGGCAUCCUUGUUGCUGGCGUCAUCACGGUGCUUGCCAUCACUGCUGUAGAAUCCCUGAACUGUACACAAUGUCAUUCACAUACGGGGUCCUGCUUGAACAUCAGCGCCACUGAGUGCCCCACUGAUGCCCUCAGCUGCUCCAGUUCCUCUGUCAGUUCUUCUUUGGGAGGAACCUCUGUGUUGUACCAGAACAUGAACUGCUCCACGCAGAACUGCAGUGAGAUGAACACCCUGGUGGCCUUCGCUGUGCAUGUCUCUGAUGAACAACGCUUCAGUUUUUCAAGCCAGUGCUGUCAAGGGGAGAAGUGUAAUGACACCAGCCACGACUCUGAAGGGGCAGAGGCGCUGAGCAACACCACAGUGUGCCCUGCUUGCUAUGGAAAUGACACGGCAUCCUGCAUCGAGAAAGACCGGCAGUGUUAUAAUGGAGAGCAGUGCAUCCACCUAAUCGCACAGUUCAUGAACGGCACGGAGUCCAAGAAUCUCACAUUGAAAGGCUGUUCCAACAUCAGUAACUCCACCUGUCAUUUCCUGUCUACUGGAAACCAGCCCGUGGGAGAUGUCAUUUUCCACAAGGUUGAAUGCUUGAAUGCCUCCAUAAUACCCACCACCCAACCAAGCACCUCCCCUCAGGUGACCACUACUCCAACCCAAACAAGCACCACCUCCAACACAGGCAUGAAAGCCCCCCUCACUGCCCUGGCUCUUGGUAGUAUCCUUCUUCUGGGGUUACUGUUCUGA